CAUGCGGUCAGGAGACACGGGCGGCAUCUCAGCGUCAAAGAUAAGACCGAAGUGUUCGCUUUUUAGAGAGAGACGGCGAUCUUGAGCUCUCUAGUGAGAGAGAGCACUGGAGCUCUCUCCGCGCUGGAGGGAAGGAGAGGGAAAAAGCACCUGACCUGUCUCUGCCUUCCACAGAGAGAGAGAGAGAGAGAGAGAGAGAGAGAGAAUGGCGGCCAACUUCUGGACGUCCUCCCACAGUAAACAGCUGCUGGACCAAGAAGAAGUCGACACCGUACAGCCUGCUGAUAAGGACAAAGGAAUAACCCUAGAUGAUCUCCGAGUCGUCAAGCUGCAUAUGACUAACCAUAUUGCAAGAUUGGCUCAGCAGGUCAAAGUAAGACAAAGGGUGAUAGCUACUGCCGUUGCGUAUUUUCGACGUGUGUAUACAAGGAGGAGCAUGACGGAAUAUGAUCCAUGCCUAGUUGCUCCUACUUGCUUGUACCUAGCAUCAAAAGCAGAAGAAAGCACAGUGCCUGCCAAGCUUCUUGUGUUUUGGCUGAAGAAACUAUAUGCAGAUGAUAGGUAUAAAUUUGAGAUCAGAGACAUUCUUGAGAUGGAGAUGAAGCUUCUUGAAGCACUUGACUAUUAUUUGGUUAUUUACCAUCCCUAUCGUGCAUUGACUCCGUUAUUACAAGAUGCUGGUAUGACAGAUUUGACAGUCCCUGCUUUGUCUCUUGUUAAUGAUACCUAUAAGAUGGAUCUUAUUCUCAUUUAUCCUCCAUACAUGAUAUCAUUGGCGUGCAUAUACAUUGCCAGCGUACUCAAAGAUAAGGAUACAAAUUCAUGGUUUGAAGAGCUUCGGGUAGAUAUGAAUGUGAUCAAGAAUAUCUCGAUGGAGAUCCUGGACUUCUACGAUAAUUACAAGCUUCCCACUGAGGAAAGGGUGAAUGCAGCAAUGAACAAAUUGGCGGUAAAGACUUAGGAGUUUUGGAAUUUUUAUAAAUUAAGGCAUCUAGAUUUUGGUGAAUGGGCAAUCCUAUCUGGGCUAGCAGAAAUUUGCUCUGCUCUUCAAAUUAUACAUCAAGUUCACUAAUGUUAAUCAACUUUUUCUAUUCGCGAAUAUUGUAAAUUGAUAGCAGUAAAUGGGUAGCUGAACAUUUACUUGAGCUU